AUGUCCACUGAUCCUGCUGUAAAUGGCGUGGAUACCCUCGCCAACGGCAAAAAGUCCCCCGCUACUCGGCCGAUCAAUGUUCUGAAAUUCGGCGGCACGAGUGUCGGUAAAUUUCCCGAGGACAUCGUCAAGGUAGUCAAGACCAGUAUACUCGAAACCGAUGCUGCCAUUGUCUGCUCGGCUAGAUCGAGCAGUACCAAAGCUGCAGGUACCACAAAUCGGUUGUUAAGGGCUGCGGCCGAGGCAGAACAUCAUAAAACUCAAGAAUAUAAGCGUCUCAUUGACGAUGUCCGAGUUGACCACCUUGAAAACGCCGACGCCUACAUACACUCGGAAGAAUUACGGCUACGGUUACGGAGAGAGAUCGAAGAAGACUGUGAUCUAGUGGCCCGGAUAUUGGAAGCUGCUCAGACUCUGGGCGAGACAAGCCCCAGAUCAAGAGAUAAAGUGAUGAGCACGGGUGAGAAGCUCAGCUGUCGAUUCAUGACUGCCCUCCUGCAAGACAGGGGCAUUGAGGCAUUUUACGUUGAUCUUGCCGAUAUCAUUGAUUUCAAAGUGUCGCACAGUCUGGAUCAGCAAUUCUAUGACAACGUGGCGGCCGCUCUGUGCAAAAGACUGCAAGAGACAGCGGGCAAAGUGCCUGUCAUUACAGGAUAUUUUGGAGCCAUUCCUCGUGGCCUUCUGACUACGGUUGGUCGAGGCUACACUGAUCUUUGUGCUGCCCUUGUUGCCGUGGGGAUAAAGGCGCAGGAGCUGCAGGUCUGGAAAGAGGUGGACGGCAUCUUCACUGCAGACCCUAGAAAAGUCCCCACCGCCAAGCUGAUCCCUCAAAUCAGCCCUGCUGAAGCUGCUGAGCUCACGUUCUAUGGCUCUGAGGUCAUACACCCUUCGACCAUGGACCAAGUCAUUCGAGCCCGCAUCCCUAUCCGGAUCAAGAACGUGAUGAAUCCCAGAGGGAGCGGGACAGUCAUUUACCCCGAUUCAAGGUCCGAGUUAGAUUCUGCGUCAUCGGGACAUGAUCCCAAGCUGUUCAGGUCUCGAAGCUCCAGCCAUCUGACCGAGCGUCGAGGGCCGAAGCGUCCAACAGCAGUGACCAUGAAGCACAAGAUACUCGUCAUGAACAUCCAUUCCAACAAGCGAUCCUUGUCCCAUGGCUUUUUCGCUGGGAUCUUUGCGACGCUGGACAAGUGGCGCCUGUCGGUCGAUGUGAUAUCGACCAGCGAGGUCAACAUGUCGAUGGCUUUACACUCGGAAGCGCCGUUGUACGCCGGCGGUGGUGAUGACGAAUACCAGAUCGUGGACCAAGAUCUUCGUGGGGCCAUUGAAGAGCUGCGGAGCUUCGGCACAGUCGAUGUCAUGCCAGAGAUGGCAAUCGUGAGUCUAGUAGGUAAACAAAUGAAGAAUAUGGUUGGCGUUGCUGGCAAAAUGUUCUCCACUCUGGGAGAGAACAAUGUGAAUAUUGAGAUGAUCUCGCAGGGGGCCAGCGAGAUUAACAUUACCUGUGUCAUCGAAGAAAGAGAUGCGGAUCGAGCGUUGAACAUAUUACAUACGAAUCUUUUCACUUUCUUGGAUUCAUGA